AAGAAAACGAGACCCGCCGCGGUGCGCGCAGUGAUUCCACUAACAAGAUUCCUAUUGGGGAUGUUUUGAACUCGAUCGAUUUGGUGUUCUGCCGCUAAGCAGCUUAAGUGAGCUGCUACGAAAUCAGUAGUUGCUUUAGACGAAGCUGUUCUGAUUCACAGUAGUGGUUCUGGCUCCUGUUCCUCUUUGGGUUGAUUUUGAAAGUCAGAAAUUCUGGAAAGAUGAGCAUUGACUACAGUGUGUGGGACCACAUCUAUGUCUCCGACGAUGAAGACGUCACCAGUCCUUUCGUGGACACACCGAGCUUGUUCAGAAUGAGACACCGGGCCAGGCUAGAGAAGAUGGCUGAGUUUCAGCAGAGGGGUGAAGAUCUGGAAAAUAACUUAACCGAAUGCCAAAGGCUGCUGAAAGAAACGCAGGGACGACUCCAGUACCUGGAAGAACAGAGAAAAGAGGGAGCGGAGGAUGAGGAGCGAGAGGCUGAGUUAAAGAAAGUCCAGGCUGAGGUAAAGAAACUUGAGAAGGAUGAAAAGUCCUUUCUAGGACUCCUGGAAAAACAUCGGCGUGAUGAGAAGAAACUGCCCUGGAAUGUGGAUACUAUCAGCAGAGAAGGCUUCAGCAAGAGCAUUCUCAACAUCGAGCCUGAAAUUAAAAAGGGAACACAGCAGGAUAAAGUAAUGAAGCACAAGACGUUUGUGGAGAAGUAUGCCAGGGAAAUUAAACACUUUGGUAUGCUGCGGCGUUGGGAUGACAGCCAGAAGUAUCUGUCUGACAACCCGCAUCUUGUCUGUGAAGAGAGUGCUAAUUACCUUGUCGUCCUCUGUAUUGACUUUGAGAUAGAUGAGAAACAUGGCCUAAUGGAGCAGAUUGCACACCAAGCCAUCGUCAUGCAGUUCAUCUUGGAUUUAGCUCGGACUCUGAAAGUUGACCCAAGAGGCUGCUUUAGACAAUUCUUCUCAAAGAUAAAGACUGCAGAUAAACCAUACCAGGAAUAUUUCGACCGUGAGCUGGACCUGCUGAAGGAGCGGGUCCGCCGGUGUGCGCAGGCCCGUAUGGAAGGAGCUAUGAAGGAGCUGGAGGAAGAGGAAAGACAGAAAAGAUUGGGCCCAGGGGGUUUAGACCCAAUAGAAGUCUAUGGAUCACUCCCCAAGGAAAUGCAGAGGUCUUUUGAUGAGAAGAACAUUGAGAUGCUGCAGGAUGUAAUGGAUAAGCUGGGCCCUGAGGAGGGAGGGUACCACCUGAAGAGAUGUAUUGACUCUGGGUUGUGGGUCCCUGACUUACCUGAGGAAGAAGAUGAGGACGAAAAUACAAACUAAACUUGAUGUGUUUCCAAAUGAUUAGGGAGUAAUGUACACUAAAACUAGCUUUACAGUGAUUCGAUUUAUACAAUUAUUGUAUGUCUUCAGAUAUUUUUGCACUUGAAUAUUGAAUUUAUAGCUCAAUUGUUUGACAUGUUGUAUUCAGGUGUGUUGUUUAAAUCAUUUUAAAUCAAAUAUUCUAUUGUUUCAUUCACAUUUAACACAUUCUUGACUUUUUAAGGAAAGAACAAAAAACAGAAGCAAAGGUCUCGAUUUACUGAGUUAGACCCUAACUUUUGGUAAAAAGGUAUGAAUCAUGACUGAAAGGACAAGCUCCACGAUACCAGCUUAAUCUGGAAGAUGUUUGGCUCAGCAUUAAAUAUGUUCUAAUAUUCUAAAUAAUCAAAGCAGGUUGGUCCACUGGGAGGAGAUCCUGAAAAAGACCUAGAAUUUAGGAGUAGCUUUGAAAAAUAUACUGAAGUUUAGAUGUAUCGCCUUUUUUAUUCACUUUGAUUUGAAUAUUUGAUUAGAAAGAUUAAUGUGCAUUCUAAAAUUGGCUAUCUAGUCUUUUUCAUUAAUAUAUAUAUAUUAGACGAGGUGCCAGGAAAGACCAAGUACGGACUGGAGAGGCUCUUCGUCCUGUCUUGGCUGAAACAUCUUGGCUAGAAGGAAAAAGAUGUCUGUUUUUCCCUGUUGGACCAUUUUUCCAGCUACUACAUCCUUUUACCAAAAAUGUUUUUUUAGCCAAAAAA